AUGAAGUUUGCUUUGGUCCUUCUGGUCGCAGUGGCUUGCUUCUGGUGCUGUGAGGCGCAGAGUGCUAACUUCUACUGUGGCCGUCGACUUGCUGAGGUGCUGUCCAAGUUAUGCUGGGAUCAUUCGGAAGAGAAGCGUGAUGCUGGGUGGUGGAUGUCUGCGGACGCGGCUCGGUCAUUGAGCGGGGUUCGCGGCAAACGUGGUCCUGUCGACGAGUGCUGCGACAAGCCCUGCACCGUGGACGAACUACUUGGCUACUGCUUCUAUUAA